AUGGUGUUUCUUUCUUUCCUUCCUUCUUUCUUUCUUUCUUUUUUUCUUGCUUGCUUGUUUAUUAAAAGCGCAUUGUGUUCUGGUUUCAUUUCUUUUACUUUAUUUCUCUUUCUUUCUUUCUUUCUUUCUUUCUUUCUUUCUUAUCCGAAACUUCAAGGAUGCAUUACGGUCUUUUAUUACGUUCCUUCCUUCCUUCCUUACUUCCUUCUUUUUUUCUUUCUUUCUUUCUUUCUUUCUUUCUUUCUUAUUUUUAAAGAGCUAUUUAGCAUUUUAAAGGAUGCAGCCUUUCUUUUUUUUCCUCUCUCUCUCUCUCUCUCUAUCGUUCCUUCUUUCUUUUUUCUUUCUUUCUUUUUUCUUUCUUUCUUUUUUCUUUCUUUCUUCCUUCCUUUCUUUCUUUCUUUUUUCUUUUUUCUUUAUUUCUCAACUGAAAGCAAUCAGUGUCAUUGCUGUCUUUAUUUUUUAUAUUUUACUUUCUUUAUGCAUAAGCGUAACGUAACUUAUGAUAUGUUUCUUUCUUUUUUCUUUUCUUUCUUUUUUCUUUCUUUCUUUUUUUUCCAUCCGGGCCUUAUUUCUCAUUCGUUAUUUCUUUCUUUGUUUUUCUUCUUGUUUAAUCCGAAUAUUCAAGAAUGCAUUAUAGUCUUUCUUUUUUUUCUUUUCUUUCAUUCUUUCUUUCUUUUCUUCUUUUUUCUUCGAUCAUAA